GAUUUUAAUAAAAAAAAAAAACGAGCACAGUAAUUUUCGCUUUGCAGUGAAAAUCGAAUUUUCUCACAUUUCUAAAAUCUAAUCCUCAAAAGAUAUCAAAAUGCUGGCGCCAUUAGCUCGUGCUUCUAACAAACUCGGCAGAAAUGUGAUGACCAACUUCAUUAGGAACCACUCCCACGGUGGUGUUCCCGGAGAGAACCUGCCGUUCGAUUUGAGCAACCGCUACAAGCUGACAGGAUUGUUCAUUGUAUUCAUCGGCUCUGGAUUGUCUAUACCAUUCCUGGUCACCCGCCAUCAACUCCUCAAGAAGUAA